CAGGCGCUUUCUUCCGGAAAGGCCCCGGAGGCAGGAGUUUGGAAAGCGAGUCGGGGCUCUCUACCGGCCUGGGAGGGGCUUGUGCCUGAGUCCCGGGGUCCCCUUCCGCUGAGGAGAUGGAUGAGGAUGGGCUUCCUCUCAUGGGGUCAGGCAUAGACCUGACCAAGGUGCCAGCCAUUCAGCAGAAAAGAACCGUGGCAUUUCUAAACCAGUUUGUGGUGCACACUGUGCAGUUUCUCAACCGGUUUUCCACAGUUUGUGAGGAGAAACUGGCAGACCUUUCUCUUCGUAUUCAACAAAUUGAAACAACUCUCAAUAUUUUAGAUGCGAAGCUGUCAUCCAUCCCAGGCCUGGAGGAUGUCACAGUUGAAGUGCCUCCAUUAAGUGUUGCUACCGUCACGAACGGGACACAUUCUGAAACCACUUCAGAGCAACCUCAGCAGAACACCACACAAGACUCCGCAGCACAGGAAAGUGAAGCACCGUCAGAAAAUGUCCUAACUGUAGCCAAGGAUCCACGAUAUGCCAGAUACCUCAAGAUGGUCCAAGUGGGUGUUCCAGUGAUGGCGAUCAGAAACAAAAUGAUAUCAGAAGGGCUGGAUCCGGGGCUUCUUGAGAAGCCAGAUGCUCCAGUGCCUAAUGGUGAAAGUGAAAAAGCCAUAGAAGAAAGUUCAGAUAGUGAGUCUUCCUUCAGUGACUAAAUUGGAUGUGAAAAGAUGUGUUUAUGUUCUGUGGAGGCCUCAACUCGAGCUCUUGGUGAAAAUUGUUAAAUGGCCACAUAACUACU